GCGGUUUCCUGCGGCGCGGCCGGAAGUAGUCGGGCGGCUGCUGGUGGUGGACCGGAUGUUGUAGGGGCAGUUUCCGGCCAGCUCAGUGGUGGCUAAGGAAGGAGGCGGCGGCUGUGGGGCAGCGAGCAGAGGCGAGGAUGGUGUUGCUUACCAUGAUCGCCCGCGUGGCGGACGGGCUGCCGCUCGCCGCCUCCAUGCAGGAAGAUGAGCAGUCCGGCCGCGACCUGCAGCAGUACCAGAGCCAGGCGAAGCAGCUGUUCCGCAAGCUGAACGAGCAGUCCCCUACGAGGUGCACUCUGGAGGCGGGAGCCAUGGCUUUCCACUACAUCAUUGAGAAAGGGGUUUGUUACCUGGUCCUGUGCGAAGCUGCAUUCCCGAAGAAACUGGCCUUUGCAUAUCUGGAAGACCUGCAAUCAGAAUUUGAUGAGCAGCAUGGCAAGAAGGUGCCAACGGUUUCCAGGCCCUAUUCCUUCAUUGAAUUUGACACCUACAUCCAGAAAACCAAGAAGCUCUACAUCGACAGCCGAGCAAGGAGGAACCUGGGUUCUAUCAACACAGAGCUGCAGGAUGUGCAAAGGAUUAUGGUGGCCAACAUUGAGGAAGUCUUACAGCGAGGAGAGGCACUUUCAGCUCUGGAUUCCAAGGCCAACAACUUGUCCAGUUUGUCCAAGAAGUACCGUCAGGAUGCAAAGUAUCUGAACAUGCGUUCCACUUAUGCCAAACUUGCGGCUGUAGCUGUGUUUUUUAUCAUGCUGAUCGUCUAUGUGAGAUUCUGGUGGCUGUGACCUGGUUACACUGAAGAGGGAAAGCUGGUAGCCUGGCAGAUGUGUGUGUGUGUGUGCAGGACACUGUUCACUGGGGAUGUGCAUUAGAAUCCAUGCAGGACCAUCACCUUUAUACAAGUGUCCUGGAAAUGUUAGGUGACACCUGAGUACUACACCUCUUAGUGAAUCCUAACUGUAAGUGUAAAGGCUUGUUGACUACAGGCUUUUCCCCUGAGGCAGUUUGCACUAGGGUACUGUGGAGGCUGACCUCCUCUCCAAGGGGUGAGCUUUGGGAACAGCCGAUCAGUGCAGUUCCACGUAAUCACCUUUUACGUCCUCCUCUUGAGUAGCUCUAGUGGGAACUGGACUCUAAUGAACAUUCCUUGUGUUGGCAAUGUUUGCUUUUUUUUUUUUAAAGAAUCUGGGUCUGCGUUUUUUCAUUAAUAUUUUGUUUUUUAAAGAUGAGACUCCCUGGUUUGAAGGCAAAAUACUGCUCUGUACAUAUUACGAUAGCUUUCACCUCUGUUGGAUUAGCUGUUGUUGACUUUUCUGUGUCUGACAUCUUGGCUUGUUACACUUUCAAUUGCUUUAGGAACAAAAGGAUGGUAAAUUAUGCCUUAAAUACAUUCUGUCUAGUACUAGGAGAGGCAGUGAAAGGCUUCUAUAUUACUGAUCCAUACAAAACUAAACUGCACGUUUGUAUGUGUCUACUUUUCCUCUCCUGGCACCUGUGUGUGACAGUAUGUUUCCAUGUGAAUAAAAACAGGGUGUGUAGCUCAAGUGCUGUUGGAGCGGGCACAGUGCAAACUAUGUCAGCAUUAUGUCUGUUUUCCCUUUUCUCUGCAGAUAAACUACAUUAUUUCCUUCCUCUCUACUGUACUUUCCAAAAUGUGUCAGCUGCUAGCAUUUCAUCUCUGGGAUGCUUGUUUUCUUUCUCUCUCUCAAUGAAAACAACCAAAAAAUAAAAGCAAAACUCUGGAUGUUA